UUAGGGUUUUGUUGGUAAGAGUGAGCCAAGAAGAAAUAUGUUGAGCUUGAGCUCCUACGAGAGUAGUGACCCUAGGCAACUUUUCUCUGAAGGCACCGAAGUUGAAGUUAGCAGCGACGAAGAAGGGUUUAAGGGAGCUUGGUUCAAAGCCUUUGUGGUUGAGAACUUGGGUUCCUCUGCUCCGAAGAAGAGGAGGAAAGUUUUGGUUGAGUACUGGAGUCUUGUCACUGAAGAUGGGUUCCAGCCGUUAAGGGAGCAUGUUGAUUUGUGCCAUUUAAGGCCUUUGCCGCCCGACGCUGGUGCUGAAGAUUUUGAGGUUGGAGACGUGGUUGAUGCUGAUUACAGAGAUGGGUGGUGGACUGGGGUUGUCAGGAAAGUUUUGGGGUGCGACAAGUAUAGAGUAUUUUUUGAGAACCCACCAGAUUUGAUUGAAUUUCAGAAGAAGCAAAUGCGGUUUCAUCAAGAUUGGGUUAAUGGUAAAUGGGUUCGUCCUUUGAAGGAGCAGAAAAUGACAGGGUCUACUUUCAGCUCAGGAACUGAUGUAGAAGUGCAUUUUGACAAUGAGGAUUUAAGUGAUGCUUGGAUCCCUGCAAUUGUGGUUAAAGAAAACGAUGAUAAUACCUUUUUGGUGAAGUAUCACAACUCUAAGGCUAAGAAUUGGAAAGAUACUGUAGAUUUCACUCAUAUCCGUCCUGCCUUUCCUCGCAAUGCAGGUAGGAUUUAUGAGUUGUGUGACAAAGUAGAUGCAUUUAGUGAUUUUGCUUGGCGGGUUGGUGAAAUCACCAAAAUCCUACCUGGGAAGAAAUACACUGUCGCUUUCAAGCAUGGGAAUGGGAUGAAGUCCAAGGAGUUCAGUCAAACAGAAAUAAGGCCUCUAGUGGAAUGGAAAGAUGGAAAAUGGCUUGUGUGGACAAAGGAAGGCUUGGUUGAUUUGAAUUUAGAUUUGCAAGAAGAUUUGGAGCACGGUGCCAAUAAUAUAAGCAAUGCUGAUGUACUUUCUCAACUGGGAAGUUUGGGUUUACUUGACUAUACCCAUGAAACGAAAUCACCUCAGCCUACAAACUCGGGGAAGAAUCUGAGAAAGCGCUCUACUGAUUGCAGUGAGGAUUCAGUUUCUAUUACUCCAAACUUGACUCCGGUGUCAUCCCCUAACAAUGGUGAACAUAUGCAUCCUCUGGAAAAGCAAGAAAACGAAGUUCCCAAUGGAUCCCCGUCAUCUGAUAAGGCAUGUAAAGCACGGAAAUUUAAAUUGGCCACCACUCCUGCAUCAGCAAUUGUGGGGAGUACACGUUUAAGAAAACCUGUUGUUCCUUUUAUAAUAGAAUCUAAUUCAAAGAGGAGUAAGCAACAUAAAGGUGGUGGAUGUGAAAUUAAAAUUUCAGAUAAUGUGCAGCGCAGAGGAAGAACUAAGAAGAGUCAAGUCAAAAGAACAGCAACAUCAGCAGUAGGUAAGACUAGAAAUGUUAGCAGUGGUGCUGCUGGAAAGGAUGUUGAAAAGGAAGGCAUAAAAGGAGAAUCUGAAGCCGAUAUAGCAUUAGGUACGACCACAAAUACAAGUACUGGCGCUGCUGAAAAUGUUGUUGAAAAGGAAGGCAUUAAAGGAGAAGCGGAACUCCCUGCAGCAUUAGGUAAGGCCGGAAAAAAUGCAUGUCCCAGUACUGCUGAAAACGUUGUUGAAAAAGAAGGUACUGCUGGAAAAGAUGCUGAAAAAGAAGGUGCUGCUGGAAAAAUUGUUGAAAAAGAAGGUACUGCUGGAAAAAUUGUUGAAAAAGAAGGUACUGCUGGAAAAGCUGUUGAAAAGGAAGGUACUGCUGAAAAAGUAGUUGAAAACGAAGGCAUAAGAAAAGAAGCCGAAGGCCUCAUAGCAUCAUCAUCUACUGAGGAAGUGCAGGGUUCAGUGGCCAAGAGUCUUGUUCAGUUUCUUAGUCAAGAGUUGGUAAAUCUACCAAGUGAUCCGAAGAAUAAUUCAGAUAAUGCAUCAGAUGACAAUAGCACAGAGUUUAAGCAGCAAUCAUCAGGAGGGAGCAACAAUAAAAGAAAGAGAGGUAGACCUAGAAAGAUAGUAAAGCUUGGCCCAGAAGCUUCAGUGGACGGACAUGUUGAGGAAUUGGCUGUAAAAGCUUGUAAAACCAAUGGAGGAGUUGGAGGAGUUGUCCCGCCUGCUCAAGGAGGGAAGGAAACCGCAGGUACGGCAAUCUGCAGCCUUGAUCUCAAUUCCAAUCCAUUGCUAAAGGAUCUAUUAAAUCCAUCAGUAGUAGAAGCUGCUGUUCAAUCCAAUCUACAAGAUACCUCUAAAGGAAAAAGUGUUCAUAUUUCUGGGACGAACAGUGCUACAAAUGAAGCUGAAUCUGAAUCGAUUUAUACUAGAGUAUCAAGCGGUACAGAUGAUGAUGAUAAUCAACCUCUAUCAAAGUGGUUUGGGGGAAUGCAGAGUCAACCAGGUGUCCUCGAAACAAAAUCACUCGGUAAGACCGUUUUUGACCAACGGUACAAGGAUAGAGAACGAGCAAGUAUCAGUAAGAAGGCUAUUGUUGUUCAUGCCUUCAGUGGGAGCGAGCCUGAGGAUAGUUUAAGGUUGCCGUUCGUAAAAAGCUCUCCAGUCUGGAAAGCAAUUGAUUCCAUGGAAGUAUUUGGAAAGAUGGGACAAGUACCACAUUUUCGUCCACUUUACAAAUGUAAAGAAGAGCAUAGGGAAGGAAUGGCUAUUGGCCACAUGGUGACCUUUUCUGGUUUGGUUGACAAGAUAUCUAAGUUGCAAUGCGAUGAUCGUGGCAGCAUUUUCCACAGCACUUUGGAGACACUACAAGAGUUAGAAAAGCAUGGCUUUGAUGUGUCGCUUCUAAGAAAUCGUGUGAAUGCAUUAUUGUUAAUUAAAGAUAGACAAGCGCGGGCUAGAGACGAGUCAAAAGAUGUUGAAAGAAAGAUCGUGGAGCAUGCUGGUGAGAAAGCUAAACUUGUGGGCGAGAUUGAUGAUGUUUGUAAGAAGAUACGUGAACUACAGGAGAAACAUGCAUUACUCAAAUCACUGAUGGAGAAUAAAGAGCAAGAUAUAAGAAAGUUGCAGCAGCAUGUGGAUAAUAUCAACCAAAGUGCUGCCCUUGAGAAACAAGAAUUUGAAAAACUAGCAGCUGCCCCUUUCAUAUAGCCCUGAGCUGAGCGGUGAUUCUCUUACCCCAUGUGUCUUUUUUUGGUUGUAGUUGCAGAAAUGAUUGUUUGCAAUGUACUUUUGAAACAUUAUCAACUAUAUGUAGUUCGUAGUGUAUUCCAUUGCUUACCAAAAUUAACUACUGUUUAUCUUUGUACUUGA